GUCUGUUAGCCUAAUCGAUAACAUAAAACGUCUAUUUACUAAUUUCUAAACAGACAGUGCUGUAUUGUACCCUUUGUGUGUUACUGGUCACACAGUGGACAUUGUUUUGCCAUUUCCCAUCUAGACCCUUUUAUAUAAUAUACAAACCACCUAAAUGAUGUCCCUGUAUGUACCAAGUUACUACUCUAGGCAGUGGGAGCAUUACGUUUUGGGCCCGUUAUUAAAAAUGCAAUAUUUAGAGCACUGAAAAGUUUAAAAGUCAUUGCAAAAAACGCAAGAUUCCACGAUCAUUUGUGUAUUAUGUGAUCUGAAUCAGUUCAGCAGUGUUUUUGGCUAACGCAAUAUGGAAAGCUAAAUUGUCUUCUAAUAGUAUAAGGCUUAGUUGUCAUAACUUGAUUUUAACUAGAGUGACUAAAGUAAUAUUCUAACUAGUGUUGUUUUCGUCAACGAAAUUUUUGACGAAAUAUCUUCGUCAACGAACCUUUUUGACGUGAUGGAGACGAGACGAGACGCAACGGAAAUGCUGGUCAUGCGACGAUAACUAUAACGAAAUAUAUCAUGUAAUAUUGUUGACGAAUAAAAACGAGACUAAAUUUGGCUUACAAAAUAAAAACUAUACUAAAAUGUCUCUUCAUUUUCGUUGACGAGAGCGAGACGAGACGUUAUUUCCUCUCGUUUAAUCGCGUUAUUAUUAUUAUGCAAAAUUUCUGUUUCCUGUGUCUCCCAUUUGGGCGCACAGAUGGCGUCACUUCCUCAAUACGUAUUCGCGGCAUUUUUUAGUUUUCAGUGGUGCGUUAGCAGAUGGCUGGGAGGAAAAGACGAAGCGACCUUUGGACGCACUUUCUAUACAUCGAAGUCGAAAAAAAAACAGAAUGUCUGGUAGAAAAAAAUGGGAAGAAAUGCGGCCACAGAAUGUCUGGAAAAAACACUACAAAUCUCAAACGACAUCUUAAGGCAUUCCACAAUGACAUUCAGUUUCCAGAAACAGCUUCAGUAAAGAAGGUCCUAUGCAAGAAGAUGGACAAGCCAACUAUUGCUCAGGAUUUCUUUGCCACAAGGAGGUACAACGACAAUUCUUCAGAGCAACGAACCAAAGAGGAGGGGAUAGCGCAGUGGAUAGGCCGCACAGGACUCCCAGCACACAUGGUCGAAGAUGAGGAGUUCAUCGCCAUGAUGGCAAAAAUGGACAAAAAGUUUAAAGUGCCAAAAAGACGUAAAGUUUUAAACUUGAUUGAAAAAAUGUACAAUGAAGAGAAAGAAAAGAUCAAACAAAACCUGGCCACAGCACGCAGAAUAACUACAGGGUUGGAUAUUUGGACUAAAAAGGGGCUUACAGCUUCCUUCCUGGCAGUCAGUGCCUGUUACUUCAACCCUGAGAAGAACAAGCCUGAACACAAACUCCUGAACUUGAAGGAGAUGGUUCACCCUCACACCGCAGAGUCGAUUAGUACACUUGUGGAGGAGUCAAUGCAAGAAUGGGGGAUCCCCAGAGAGAAGGUCCUUACAACGAUUACUGACAAUGGCAGCAAUAUGGUGGCUUCAUUCCACACACAUGCAGAAGUUGCCACAACUUCUGAAGAGGAAUCAGAGAUGGAGGAACAAGACAAUGGCAAUGAUGAUGAUGACGAGCAUCAGGAAGGGGAGGGUGACAGGUAUGACUAUGGAGCCAUAGAGAGGACCCCAUGUGUGGUUCACACAGUACAGCUUGUAGUGAACAUGGUCCAGAAGGAACCCUCAAUCCGAAGGCUGUUGGACAAAGUGAGGCACUUGGUGAACAAGUUUAGGAAGUCAUCUGUCGCCACAGAGCAGCUAUUGCAGAAGUGUGCUCUGGUUCUAGUAAAAGACUGUCCCACCAGGUGGUCAAGUCUCUUUGCUAUGAUUUCGCGCUGUCUUGAAGUCAAGGAGCACCUCACAGCUGUGGUUGAGUACAUGGGCUGGGACAACCUGCAGCCCAGUGAAUGGCAGAAGAUCGGGAUGCUGAGAGAGCUGCUUCUGCCAUUUGCGGAGCACACUAAGUCACUUGAAAGUGACACUCAAUCACUUUCCCUUGUUGUGCCAGCACUCCUUGAUCUAAAAAACCACCUAUCAGAGUUCUCUCUUGCACAUGGGAGAAUCUACAAAGAUGCUGCUGCUCUGGCUCAGAAGAUGCUUUCCAGCAUGGAUAGGCGCUUUAGUGUGUUUCUUGACACAACAGCUGACAACUUUUCACCACUUCCUGCAGCAGCAUGCUUUGUGGACCCUUGUGUAGCUGAAACCCUUCUGGAAAAUGAUGACAAUGAAGUACAGAAUGUUGUCAGAAAGGCAGAGGACUACAUUGCUCAUCUUGUGCCACGAAGAGUUCACGUACGAGAAGAGCAUUUUACAGAUGAUGAGCAAGUCGCAAAUGAGGGUACAGAGGAGCCAGAGUCAACCCCUGCAAAACGGUGUAGAUUUAAGUUCUUCAGUUCCAAUCGUCCAUCGAGGCCCAAGGCAGCCAAGACAAUAAACAUUAGGCAGGAGAUUUUAAAGUAUAAAGAGGGACUGUCUGCUACUAGUGCUGAGGUUGAAGAAUCUGGCAUUGAAUAUUGGUUAAGUCAAUGUUGUUCCACUGUGUUUCCAACACUGAAACCUCUAGCUUUGGACCUCCUGGCCAUGCCAGCCUCUCAGGCAUUUACAGAAAGGGUCUUUAGUGUAACUGGUUACCUCUCUUGUGGCCGCAGGAACAGGGCUAGAACCAUUUUGGAAAGAAGCGCUUUCCUCAAAGUAAACAAGCCUAAGUAGUAGUUAAUGACUAGCCUGAACAGACAUGCAAGAAGCAUGCAUGUACUUUACUGUAUACGCACACUGAGGGUGAAGACUUUAUGGCAAUAGACAUACACAUUUUCAUUUUAUUUGCACUUUUUAGUGAUGCGAUUAUUUUGUUUAUUUUAUUUAAAUUUGUGUGUGCUAGGUCGAACAUGUUUGGUUGGCAAAAUAAAUGUUAUAAAUUCAAAUCA